AUGACCCGGAAGAUGUGGGGCUUCAUUCCCGUGUUGAACUGCUCUCCGCUGCUGAGCUUCUGUCCUCCGCAGUCCCGACCCUCCGCCGUCCGCAUCGCGACCCCCGAGCCCCGGGAGAAGCCUCCGCAGCGCACCAUGUCCGCAGACCAAGCUUUUGUGACGUUAGCCACGAACGACAGCUAUGCCAAGGGAGCGAUGGUUCUCGGGCAGUCGUUACGAAAGCACAACACAACCAAGAAGCUGGUUGCACUCAUCGGGCCUCACGUUGCAGAACCCUGCAGAGACGCACUCGGCUCCAUUUUCGAUGAGGUGUGUGUAGUGGACGUGGUGGACUCGGGCGAUGUGGCUCACCUGGCCCUGAUGAAGCGUCCGGACCUGGGAGUGACAUUCACCAAACUGCACUGCUGGACUCUCACACAAUACAGCAAGUGUGUGUUCAUGGACGCAGACACACUGGUGCUGUCAAACAUAGAUGAACUCUUCGAGAGGGAGGAGCUCUCUGCUGCACCUGAUCCCGGUUGGCCGGACUGCUUCAACUCCGGGGUUUUUGUCUUCAGUCCGUCCAAUGAGACGCACGAGAAGCUGCUCGCGUUCUGUGGGGAGAAGGGAAGCUUCGACGGUGGAGAUCAGGGAGUUCUCAACAGUUUCUUUAACACCUGGGCGACGGCAGAUAUUUCUAAACACCUCCCCUUCAUCUACAACCUCAGCAGUGUCUCCAUCUACUCCUACCUGCCAGCUUUCAAAGAAUACGGCCGUAACGCGAAGGUGGUGCACUUCCUGGGCAAGGUGAAGCCGUGGAACUACUCCUUUGACGCUCAGAAGGGCGAGGUCCGAGGCCACGCCCUGACGCCUGACCAGGGCCAGCUGCACCCCGACUACCUGCUCCUGUGGUGGCAGCUGUACUCCAAGUCUGUGAUGCCCGUGCUGCAGCAGGCCUACGGGGAGACGCCCUUCAACAGCGGCUUGACAGAGGAGAGCGAGAACGGUGAGCUUCAGGAGGAUGUGAGCGCACAGCCGGCGGCCUCCGCUCCUCCUCCACAGAAGGUUUCCUCAGAGGUGAGGAAGCAGCGCUGGGAAGCCGGCCAGAUCGACUACAUGGGCGACGACUCCUUCGCCAACAUCGAGCGGAAGCUGGACUCCUUCUUGAAGUAGCGGCCGUGGGUGAGGGAGGGCGACGGACGGAGAGAGAGAACGAGAGAGAGAGCACUGUGGGGGCGGAGGUAUAACCACUGCUCAGCUCAGUUGCAGAGGCUUGACUAGCAAGUGACUGAACGAACUUUCGGCCUCACUCUCUGCAUCCUGUCAGUGUGUGUGUGUGUGUGUGUUCGAAUGACAGAGUUGACCUGUGACCCAGUUUCUCGUGCACUCUGUAACAUUCAUUUAUUUCUCUUUAAAGACACGUUUGACAUUUUGGAGAAAGCGCUUAUUCAAUUUGCGUUCUUGCACAGAAUGAAUUUAAAAAGAUGAUGCCACCCACAUUCCUUCAUGUUAAAUAUGAAAUAUGCUUAGAAUAAAGACAGAAACCAGGAAAACCUUAGCACUGUGCAUUACUCUAUGAUUUGGCCAUGACGUGAACAUGAAUUUAACAAAUCAAAUUUCAUAUUUCUAACAUUAACUGAUUGUGGGUGACAUCCUCCUGUACUCUCACACUUUCUCUAAUCACAGAUGUUUAUUGUCUGCUCAGAAUGACAAACGUCUUCUAACGGGUCAAACCGAUGAUUAAACCCAGUGCGUAUUUCUAUCCACAGCACAUCCCGGCUCUGUGCAACUACAGGCGGAAAUGAAUCAUGUAUGAGAUCGUGGCGAUACGUUUGUUGAUGCACUUUACUGCUGAGGAGGUAAAAAACCUGUGGAAACGCCACGUGACCGGAUUACAAAGUUUGGUAUGAAGAAAAAAAAAUCAAGAUUCUGUGCAAAGGUAUCACCCACCAGCUCCUCUAAACAUCCCUGAUACAACUGCUGUAUUUUGGGGUUUAAUUUGUAUGAAAACUGAAAGUGUGUAAAAGACAAACUGCUGUUUCAUGUGUGGUUUCGCACUAAACUGUUUCUUGGCCGUACACAGCAACUUCCUGUGAUAACUAAUGGAGGCCAUAAAAGGCAACAUAAGCACUUGUUAAGUGACAAAUUUUCAUUGAUACACUUAAUUUGGUUUAGCAAACGACACACAACUUGUAAGUGAGCUUCAUAGUUGCUGGUUGGUGGAUUUUGUUGCCUUUUGGACGGAGCUGUUUCCAGUCACUUAAUUUAUCCUCUCGAUCACAGAGUCCCCAAAAUGUCAAACUCUUCCUUUUUAAAACGGUUCUUGUGCAUCACUCAGUCCCGAGUCUUCCAAACUUGUGGAAACUUCCAGCAACAACAAAAGAAACAACACUGGUCCAAGUCUGUCAAUAUGUUGUUUCUGGAUUUUUACCACAACUCCUGUAAUAAAUCUCUACCUGAACCACUUUGGAGGAAAUAUGCAGCAGCUGGCUCACCCUCCUCUUUUCUCAGCCAGCUACACAGAUCUCACUUCAGUCCGACAGCGUUGUGCCUCGAGACGCUCGGCUUCCUAACGUCCGGUGUCGUGUUAGCUUCUCUAGGUCUGUUGUGUUGCGUUUGCAUGGCACAGUGUUCAAAGCGUGGUCGGUGAUGUCGUCAGUUGUUUUAUUUAAUGUGUUUGUGUCUCCUGCAUGUUACAUCCUCCACCUCCGUGUAUCUUUGUGCCAUCACCUGGGUUUCAUCACUUCCUGUGUGUCGUAUUAACCAGCUGCCUUAUUGCCUCUCACUGUUUACAUGUAGUCAUUCACUGUUUCGGCUGCUAGUAGCACAACAAGCGGACUUUGUCGAGGCCCGGCUUUCCUGUUACCUCCUUUACUCCACGUGUGCUCGUUCACAAAUCUGCUCCAACAAUAAAGAAAAUUCACUCAUUUCUCCUCUUAUACACCUUCCUACAAGAUGCACACAAGAUUUCAAGUCUGUAUGUGAUCAUAUUCAUCUUGUUUCAUCAAUCCUGGCCAGCACACUGGUGGAAGUAUAACAUGAUGUAGUCCUGUUCCCCAGCUGUUUACUGACCACCCCUGUUAAAGUGCUAAUAAAGAAAUGUUAAAAACUUGA